GCUUGCUGUCACAUCGAUAAAGUUCGUCCAGCAGGCUUUUGUUCUGAAACUUCCUAUUGCCUUCUAUAUCCCUUAAAUCAGAUUUGACUUUGUUGAGGUUUCAUCCUGUUCGGUUAUGUUUUCAGGGUCUUUUUACGCUGUAUUAGCGGGUUUUUUGAGUGCGGCUGCGUCUUUGUCUGCUAAGCUGUCACUCGGUGCAGACUACCUGAGAGAAAUGUGUGAGUCGAGGAUGGGCUACUGGACUGACACGUACGGUGGAACUGCAGGUUGUGACUGGCUCCACAUCCUCCUGCGGCUGCUGUGUGGAGGCCUGCUGCUUACAUGUAAUGCUGUCAUGUGGACCUUCUUCUCUAAGGCUCUCCGACACUGCUCCUCCUCAGCCAGGGCCACAGUUACUACCACUGCAUUUAACUUCAUCUCCUCAGCCAUCCUGGGGAAGGUGAUAUUUGGAGAGACUCAUGCAGCUCUAUGGUGGGUAGGCAUCUCUCUCACUCUGUGUGGACUGCUGGUGCUUCAUAGAUCCACACCUGAUACCCUCCCACACAAGGAGAGCAAAAAGAACAAAUAAUGUUAGCAGUUUGGCUUGCCACAAGUGUCCAGCCUCUGCUCUUCACUCACAGUCACAACAAACUGUGGAAAGACUCCCUCAGAGACACAUAAUGUUUCUCAGGCACUAGGGAGCGGAAAUGUUGCUUCUAAAAGGAGGUAACUCAGUGUCUUAAGGUUAUGAGCAAUUAAAUAAUGGACUACAGCAUGUUGCACAGAGCUGACAGUAUACUCAGUACCAUCAGUCCCAGGGACCACAUCUGGGACUGAUGGUACUGAAUAUACUAUGGAUUACAGACUUACAUGCUCCCAUUGGUGCAGCCAGUUCUUUCUCUUUUUUUUUUUUUUUUUUUUUUUUUUUGAUGAGAGUAUCUUGGCCUAGAUUUGCAGGUUUUGAGUCAACACAACAAUGCCUCCAUCAAUCCAGAAUUCAGGUAAUAUUUGAACUGUUCAAUGUAUACAAUCACUUUUUUUCCCCUGAGUUAUAUGCGUAAAGAUCAGUUAGAUUACAGUUGUUUACAAUUGGUAACACACAUAUCUUAAAACCUAUUUCACUUUUUGAAAUUCUUCACAAAGUCCUCUCCACAAAAGUCAAUGUGAACUACACUGUGGAUCCGUUAUCACUGUGAUCAUAUCUUUUAAAAUUCAUGAAAUGUCUUCUCACCAAAACCCAGCCACCACUAAAACCUGGUGUAUUUCUGUUACAUUUUGCUCAUUUGCAUACUAAUGUAAAAUCGAUAUGUUGAUAUAUAUUGAUGCUACAUUCUGCCGCAUCUACAUCUCACUCAUUCAUUCACUCAUUCACUCAUUUUUAUGACCUGAUGACCUCUAUGAAAGAUGUGUGCUUGUUAGCAUUUUUUAGGUUAUUGAGUCACAAAGUGUUACUAAUGCAAAUUAGUGCAUUUUGAAUGUGAGAUUAAGUGUUGUGCUGAGCUGUAUGUCAGUAAAGAGAACUGCUUCAAGAGUUUUGAAAAAGUGAACUCAGUGAAUAGAAAUAUGGGUCACCAACUUAAAAAAAACGGCUACAUUGGCCAGUUUCAGGCAAAGAAUUUGGUCACCAUUUUUAAGCUUGUCAAAACCAUGUUUUUGUCUCACUCCUGCAAAUCUAAUGCAAAUGUAAUGUUUUUUCUAAUCAUGAUCCAAGUGGCUAAGUAAAGACAUCCUCUGUUGUU